UCUAUGGAGACAAGACACACGCUAAACCUGCUAGCAUUGGCGCUAGCAUUACCCAGCUGUUUCAUCCAUUUUGUUUAGCCUAGCUAAGCUGCGUGUAUUUACAGUGCGGCAGAGAUGGAUGACGGCGACGAGCCAGGUUUAGUCCUCUCUCACAAUACUUCGUCGGGCUCCAAGUCGGGUGGGGACAAGAUGUUUUCCCUGAAGAAGUGGAAUGCUGUAGCUAUGUGGAGCUGGGACGUUGAGUGUGACACUUGUGCCAUUUGCCGAGUACAAGUAAUGGAUGCGUGUCUACGAUGCCAGGCGGAAAAUAAACAGGAGGACUGUGUUGUUGUUUGGGGAGAAUGCAACCACUCCUUCCAUAACUGCUGCAUGUCCCUGUGGGUGAAGCAGAACAACCGCUGCCCCCUCUGCCAGCAGGACUGGGUGGUUCAGAGAAUCGGCAAAUAA